AGCUUUAUCAUAAAAUUACAAGUAAUUUUUGUGGGAUGUCCUUUAAUUGCGCACUCUUAAAUUCGGCACACCAGCCUCAUGCCCAAGUUGCAGUUGUUUUUGAUUUAUCUCGUUAAACUGAUCUGAUCGUAGAUCUAUGAAUCUGAUCAAUGAAUUGUGAUUGUGCCGUGAUGACGUAAUACGUCAUCAAAUAUGGCGGAUAAGGAAAACACAAACAUGGGUGUCGACAAGGGAAAAGACGAGCCUUUUUCUAAGACGGUUAAGCCUCUUAUAGAUGAAGUUUUAAGAAGAAUAGGCGGCCAAAGCAAUGCGGAAAAUAAAACUGAUCCCUCCGACAACUGCUCCACGACGGAAUACUGCGAGAGGCUGCAGGCGUGGAUGUGGCAGUACUAUUCCGGAUAUGUCCACUGGCAGAGCUGGCUCGCCGCUACAGCCAUGUAUCCUUACUCCAUGCACUUACCCAACAGUAUGUCGAUGCCACACAUGGAUCUGAACACCCACACAUGGCACAGCGGCCCUGGUCUAGGUCUUUCACCUUACACCCAGGGGGCCCCGUCCUCCACCAGCCGCGCAGGUGAGGCUGCUCCCGGGGCUGCAGCGCCUACGCAGCGGCCGCAGGAGGAGGGAAACGUCCAAAGACCAGGCCGAGAAUACAGUAUUCCCUCACCUUUGCAAAGACUAUUUGCUGAAAUGGUUGAUUUCUUCAUCUUGUUCUUCAUCAAAGCUACAAUUAUUAUCAGUAUUAUGCACUUAAGUGGAAUAAAGGAUGUGUCAAAGUUUGCCAUGCAUUUUAUAGUAGAAGAAAUAGAUGAAGACACAUCCAUGGAGGAGCUACAGAAGAUGAUGCUGGUUGCGCUUGUUUACCGGAUAUUAGUUUGCUUUUAUGAGAUUGUGUGCAUAUGGGGGGCUGGUGGAGCCACUCCAGGGAAGUUUCUUGUUGGCCUCAGGGUCGUAACAUGCGACUCUUCAGUCCUGGUUCAGCCAAACAGAGUGUUUGUUGUACCUGCGACCAAUGUGUCUUUCUCAGCAUCAACUGUUCGAGCCUUGAACAAAAACUUUUCGAUUGCCUUCUUUUUCCCAGCCUUCAUAACGCUACUCUUCUUCCAGCACAACAGGACUGUCUAUGACAUGGUUGCUGGUACGAUUGUUGUUAAACGCUCAAGAGUAAGAUGACGGCACUAACCAAAGAUGUUUCUGCAACACAACUGUGCAGGCAAUAAGUGUUAUUAUUUAAAAGUGCUUUACAAACAGUACUUUGUUAUAUAAAAGGGGAUUAUUUAAAAGUUUGGAAAAAGUUAUUUGCAUUUUUUUAUUCUGAUUUGGUUGAUCUUGGACAGUAUUCAUGCAUGAAUGAUUCUUUCAAAUCACUCUGUACAGUAUGUGUUAUUAAAACCCAUUAAUUUAUUUACCACACAGAGGAAUGUAUCAGUGUUUCAAACUGCAUUCAAUUUCACUAUAUUAUAAGUUGUCUGUAUUAAAAAGUACUACAUUUCCGUAGAAUAGAAACAGAAUAUUUCACUAAAAAGUUGUGUUACUCAGAUGUGGUAUUAUAAUCAGUAUUCAACUUCCAGAAUGUAUGUAACUAAAUGUAACAUCCAUCAUAAUUUGAACACUCGCACCCAAACAUUAAUUAAAGAAAUUAUCAUAAUUUUA